AUGCUCUUGCAGGGACGCCGGGGAUUGCAGUUUCUUCAGCUUUCCAGAAACGCGGGGGCCAGGAGAGAACUGGAGCGCGGAAUGGGAGGGAGCUGCGCGCAGAGGCGCUCGGCCGGCCUGCGGCAGGUACUGUUUGCCUUCCUGCUGCCUUUGCUCUGCCCCGCGCUCUGCGAGCCGAUCCGCUACGCGAUUCCUGAGGAGCUGGCCAAGGGCUCGGUGGUGGGGAACCUCGCCAGAGACCUAGGGCUCAGCGUCCUGGAUGUGUCGGCUCGGAAACUACGAGUUAGCGCUGAGAAGCCGCAUUUCAACGUAGACUUAGAGAGUGGGGACUUGCUUGUGAAGGACCGGAUAGAUCGUGAAGAGAUAUGCAGAGAGAGAAGAAUAUGUGAGUUGCAGUUGGAAGCCGUGGUGGAAAAUCCUUUAAAUAUUUUUCAUGUCAUUGUGGUUGUUGAGGAUAUUAAUGACCACGCCCCUCAAUUCGAUGAAAAGGACAUACAUUUAGAAAUUUUUGAAUCUGUAUCGGCUGGUGCACGAAUAUCUCUUGACCCUGCCACAGACCCCGAUAUAAAUACGAACUCAGUUAAAGAUUAUCGGAUAAACUCUAAUCCUUAUUUCUCAUUAUUGGUUAGAGUUAAUUCCGAUGGUGGUAAAUACCCAGAGUUAUCUCUGGAGAAACCUCUAGACCGAGAAGAGCAGAGGUCUCAUCACUUGAUACUGACUGCCUUGGAUGGAGGGGACCCACCCCGUAGUGCCACAGCGAACAUAGAAAUCUUUGUCAGGGACACCAACGAUAACCCCCCGGUGUUCAGUAAAGACGAAUAUAGAAUCAGUCUUAGUGAAAACCUACCUCCAGGGACUUCUGUGUUUCGGGUGUCAGCCACUGACCAGGACGAGGGGAUCAAUGCUGAAAUAAGCUACUACUUCCGGAGCACUACUCAGAGCGCAAGGCACAUGUUCUCAGUGGAUGAGAAAACAGGUAUGAUUAAGAAUAUCCAGUCUUUGCAUUUUGAGGAUGUGGAAAGAUACACCAUGGAAGUGGAAGCCAAGGACGGAGGUGGACUCUCCACUCAAUGUAAAGUAAUCAUAGAAAUCCUAGACGAAAAUGACAACAGCCCAGAAAUAAUCAUCACCUCUCUCUCUGAUUACAUUUUGGAGAAUUCUCUUCCUGGAAUGGUUGUUGCCCUCAUCAAAACACGGGACCGGGAUUCUGGGGAAAACGGAGAAGUCAUGUGUAGUAUAGGAAAAGGCGUUCCUUUCAAGAUUCGUUCUUCUUCUACAAAUUACUACAAGCUGGUGACAGAUGGGACCCUGGACCGAGAGCAGACUCCAGAAUACAACAUCACCAUUACAGCAACCGACAAAGGCAAGCCACCCCUCUCCUACAGUAAAAGUAUCACCCUGCACAUCACCGACAUCAAUGACAACGCGCCAGUUUUCCACCAAGCCUCCUAUGUCGUGCAUGUGGCUGAGAACAACCCGCCUGGAGCUUCCAUAACACACGUCAGUGCCUCCGAUCUGGACUUGGGAACCAACUGCCAAGUGUCCUACUCCAUCGUGGGCAGUGAUCUGGAGCCGCAGGCCCUGUCGUCCUACGUGUCUGUGAACGCGCUGAGCGGCGUGGUGUCGGCGCAGCGCGCCUUCGACCACGAGCAGCUGCGCGCCUUCGAGCUGACGCUGCAGGCGCGUGACCAGGGCUCGCCCCCGCUCAGCGCCAACGUCAGCCUGCGCGUGCUGGUGGACGACCGCAACGACAACGCGCCCAGGGUGCUGUACCCGGCACUGGGACCCGACGGCUCAGCGCUCUUCGACACAGUGCCGCGCGCAGCGCAGCCGGGCUACCUGGUCACUAAGGUGGUGGCCGUGGACGCGGACUCUGGGCACAAUGCCUGGCUGUCCUACCACGUGCUGCAGGCCAGUGAUCCCGGGCUCUUCAGCCUGGGGCUGCGCACGGGCGAACUGCGCACAGCACGCACCUUAGGCGAUAGGGACGCGUCCCGCCAGCGCCUGCUGGUCGCAGUGCGUGACGGAGGGCAACCGCCCCUCUCAGCCACUGCCACGCUGCUCCUUGUGUUCUCAGACAGCCUGCAGGAGGCGCUGCCGGACCUCAGCAACCGUCCGGAGCCCUCUCACCCCCAGGCAGAGCUGCAGUUUUAUCUGGUGGUGGCCUUGGCCUUGAUCUCCGCGCUCUUCCUCCUCGCGGUGAUUCUGGCCAUUGCCCUGCGCCUGAGACACUCCUCCAGCCCCGCCCCCUGGAACUGCUUUCAGCCGGGUUUCUGCUCCGAGUCUGGACCCGUGGUUCCCCCAGACUACAGCGAGGGAACUUUGCCCUAUUCCUACAAUCUGUGUGUUGCGCAGACGGGAAAGACAGAGUUUAAUUUCCUAAAAUGUGCUGAGCCCUUGCAUUCCAAACAAGACAUAGUUUACGGUGAUUCUGCUGGGGACUUAUUUCCACUUUACUGUGGGGAUGAUUUGACUUCACAUCCCAAGACUCUAACACCGGUGAGUUUCAUUUUUGUGUCUUCUCUAAUCUGCUAGUUUCUCAUAUGUCAAG